GAUAAGUUCGUUACUCUAUCGUGACUUCCAAAUUUGAGCAUAAAGGAUGUCGUUGCUGUUGUUGCGCCAACUUCUAGUCAAACAACGUCCACUUUCAUUAGCAAUGCUGAGAUGUUCGGGGACUAAUCCAUCCAUUAUACGAUGUUAUGCUUCCAGCGGUGAAGCAAAUCGUUCACAACCUUCUAAAUCCCUGUCUGCUGGGGCAGACCGUACCGACGUUUCAACAGAUGUACGACCAAUUGGCGAACGAGUGAAGGAAAAUACGAAAACCGCCAGUUACAUGGGAGUAAUACUGCUAGGCGUAGGUGUAACAGGCAUGCUGUUUUAUGUUAUCUUUUGGGAGCUGUUUUCGUCCGAUAGUCCCAACAAUAUCUAUUCCGAAGCGUUGGAAAGAGUGAAGGAAGAAUCCCGAGUCAAGGACGCGCUUGGGGCACCGAUAAAGGGCUUCGGAGAGGAAAGCCGGCGUGGCAGGCGAAACCGUGUCGCCCACACCAAGUACGUGAAAGACGGUGUAGAGCACAUUCGGAUGCAAUUCUUCGUGCAAGGCUUCCGAAACAGAGCAACUGUUCACCUGGAGAAACGGAAAACGUCCUCUGGAAGCUACGAAUAUCGCUAUCUCUUCGUGCAAUUGGAUUAUAAUCCUCACAAUCCCAUCAUACUGGAAGAUAACAGACUACAACAGGACGCAAGCUUGUCAACUGUCGGUACUGCACCACAGCCGUUCCUGUGAAAUUUGCCCAAUAAAAU